UCGCAAGGGACAUUACUACCGAAUGCUUUCUCGCUCUUAUUUCUUUUCGCUCUAGCGGCCAAUUCUUGACCGCUCAUUUAUUACUUGCAUGUGCCAGCGUUUGGUAACCACCACCACCAUCAUCAUCAUCAACAGCCAGUGCACUGCACGUUCUCACGCCUUCUUCGCGAGGAACCUAGUCUCGUGCCGUGUUCCCGGUCUGAUUUUGUGCGCACCACAGCACAGCCGACUUCGUCGCAUACAUAUAAGACCAGGGCGCCGACGCGGGCAGCAAACGCCGGAAGUCCUCGCUUUACAAGAGCCAGAAGCAGCCCUCAGCCAGAGCCGUGGCUAUGAGGGCGUCCAUAGUGCCCGAACCAGAAGUACGCGUCAUCAGCCCACCGAAUAAACCCAGUUUCAAUGAUGGACAGCAACCUGAGACCGAGGGCGCCUCCCCUUCCGGCGUCACUACCCAUCGGGCAUGGUCCAGGCGGCGCAGCUCAUCCGUCGGUAGCCUCAGCGAAGGCAGCCGAGGCAUGAGGCGAACGUCUGCUGGGUCCGUUUUGGAAAUUCAUUCCUCGCGUCAUUCAUGGAAGGGGCCAAAUGUCGCGGAUGGCGGUGCGACUUCCCAGGACCUAAAAGGCAACGUCAUAGGGGCGCCUGCGGAACUGAUGUCGCUUCGCCGGUCCACAAAGAGGAGCGACAGCAAGAUCCAAAGUACUGCUUUGAAAAUUUCGUCGUUGUUGUCGUCGUCAUCAUCCUCGAAGAGGAAACGGACCAAACACGAAGGAGCCAAACAGGAAGCGACUGCCGAAGCUCACGCUGAGAAAGAUGCUACCAAACCUGGCACGAGCAGCUCUUCGGGAAAGACUCUCCGGACAUCAACGGCUUCGGCAACUGGACUGUCAGUGACCGAAGCUGAGCAUAAUGAGGCGGCUGGUCACACAGAACCGAGGCCAAGCUCCUAUGCAGCCAGAUCCAAGGCCCUGCCCGAGAAGGAUGCGAACGCCAAUACACAGGCCGAGAAAGGUCAUGCCAAGCCCAGAACAAGCAGCUUUUCAGAAGCGACACGUAGAACAUCGACGGUUUCGACAACUCGACCGUGUGCACUAGGAGCUGCAGUGUCCGCGCUACAGGACGAAGUCCGACCUGCUGCCCCGGCGCCCGUGGCUGCUGAGAUCAUCGGGACAACAGUUGAUCCUGCCUCCACGAAGGAAAGCCACCGGUCUUCGUCAUCGACAACAAUGCCUGGCAUGACGGCGUCCAAGGACCAUGCGUCGUCUAGAUCCCACAAAAGACGGGCUUCCUUGAGCAGACGGGAUUCCUCAAGACGGGUUUUCACAAGCACGGCAUCUGAUGGUCCAGCUGUAGCGGCGGUGAGCCAUGGCCAAGGUCCUGCUCAUGCACCGGGAGAAGAUGAGGUGAUUUCCGAGGCGCCAAGUUCGGCGCUGGCUCCACAUAGGAAACCACCGGACACAACGAUUGCUGCCUCGACGACCACAUCUCAAAACCAACCGUCUUGUUCGGUCGCCGCCCCGGUUGGCAUUGCCGUUCCUGCAGUGAGCCAGGAAGUUGUCGUUCCACAUACGUCGCAUAACGGGAAGGCCACCGAGGCGGCGGUCUAUGCUUCGGCUCCGUGGAAGGUCCAGUGCGCCGCCCCGUCAGUGACGUCUAGCGGCGAGGACGACAAGAUGGCGAGCCGAGACAAGACACGUAGCCGGAGGCGGGAAGGCUGCCGUGGAUCAGCAAACGCACCAGCCACCAGCCCCCCGGCAAGAAACGCAUCCACAGCCACCGAAGUUAGCGCAGACGGAUCGCAGAAGUCUCGGUGAAGAAAAGCGAGGUGUGCCGAAGGAGGGUAAGGCAGACGACACAGGGAUAUCUACAGGGCCGGCCAACGAAACGCACCUGGCGUCCCCCGUGGAUGCUCAAGGGAAGGAUGCCAUCGGCUCCACGGGUCAAUGAUCAUAUUAUGGUGAAUAAAACGCUAUUCGCAUG